AUGUUAAAAUUGGCUUAACCCUCGUUUGAUGAAGCGUGCUGGCUUGUUUUGUUUUCAAUAAAACAGCAAUGGCGGAAGCUGCAAAAAGGUAUGCGGUUGUCACAGGAGCAAACAAAGGGAUAGGAUUUGAGGUGUGUAAGCAAUUGGCUUCUAAUGGAAUCAAAGCGGUGCUGAUUGCAAGAGAUGAGAAAAGGGGUCUUGAAGCUGUCGACGAACUCAAACAACUUGGUUUGUCUGACCAAGUUGUUUUUCAUCAGCUUGAUGUGACUGACCCAAAUAGUAUUGCAUCCUUUGCAAAUUUCAUCAAAACCCAGAUCGGAAAACUAGAUAUCUUGGUUGUAGCAGAAUUGACGCAUGUUGUCAGCCAGGUGAAUAAUGCAGGAAUAGUCGGUGGAAAUGUUGACGUUGAUGGUAUGGAAGCUUCAAUGACUACUGGGGACACACGUGAGUGGACUAAAUUCAUAAUUCCAACAUAUGAAUCUGUAGCAGCAGGUAUUAAAACAAACUACUAUGGUGCCAAAGACAUGUGUGAAGCUCUUAUUCCCCUUCUAAAAUUGUCAAACUCACCGAGGAUUGUUAAUGUUUCGUCCACCCGUGGGAAUUUGGAGUUAAUACCAAAUGGAUGGGCUAAAGAAGUCCUAAGUGACGUUGAAAGCCUGACAGAGGAAAAACUUGAUGAGGUUUUGAAUCAAUUUCUGAAAGAUUUUAAGGAAAGUUUAUUAGAAAACAAAGGCUGGCCUACUGUUUCACCUGCAUAUAAAAUCUCCAAAGCUGUUUUGAAUGCCUACACAAGGAUGCUUGCCAAGAAGUACCCAACAAUUUUCAUUAAUGCUGUUUGCCCUGGGUAUGUUAAAACAGAUUUAAACUACCAACAUGGCCUCUUGACUGUGGUUGAAGGUGCUGAAAGUGUUGUAAGGUUGGCUUUGCUACCUGAUGGCGGUCCAUCUGGCCUAUUUUUCUCUCGAAGUGAAGUGGCACCAUUUUGAUCAAGAGUCUUUAGUAGUUGCAAAGUUGUAAGAGAACUAGAUGACAUUCCCACAUAUCAGCAAACUCAAUUGUGUUUGUAUUAGAUUUUAUAAACUUGGUUUACAGUGAAGCUGAAGUAAUCUUUGAUUGUAAAAAGUGCUGAUUCAAUGUUAUUUAAAUAGUAUUAAUUAAAAUCACCUGGGCAUGACUUACCUCUUGUGAUAGAUUGUGAGUAAGUUGAUACUAUAUUGUUUCACUCGUUGAAAUAUUAUUAUAAUCUUAUU